AUGUCUCUCCCGGAGCGCGGCCAGCAGGGCAGCAGAGACCGGCUGAGCGACCUCCCUGACGGCGUCGUCGGACACAUCCUCUCGUUCCUUCCCACCAAGGAGGCCGGCCGCGCCGCCGCGCUCGCCGGGAGCUGGCGCCACAAGUUCGCCUACGUCCACACCAUCUCCUUCGUGGAGUACGUUGCCCCCUUCCGCGGGGACGACUACACCUUCUACCUGCGUGCCGGGGAUCGCCCGAGCAAGAACGGGGCGUUCCUCGACGACGUCAACGCGGCUCUCCUCUGCCGCCGCCGCUGCGCAGGCGACCGCAACGCCGCCCCGCGCUCCUUCCGCGCCCACUUCGGUGGCUACUACGACUGGGACGGGCCCGUGGUGAGCCAGUGGCUCUGCCACCUGCUGCGCCGGAGCGGGCCGGAGCUCUACCUCGACCUUCGCCUGCAACUCACCGUCACGGCCGAGCACUAUGCUGGGGAGCCGGACCACCACGGCGGCGAGGAGGACGACCGCUGCCCCUCCUUGCCCUACGGCAGCUCCGAUGCGGAUAUCAUCGGUGAAUUGGACUGCGGCGGCAUCCAGCGGCUCAUCUCCUGCUGUCCGUGCCUCGUCGACCUUACGCUGGAGAGGUGCGACACUUUCACGAUAACCGUCCUUGACAAGCACCUUCAUAGGCUCGCUAUACGGUGCUGCCACACCUUGGUCAGUGUGACCGUCGACGCUUCGGAGCUGAGGGAGUUCGAGUACAGGGUGCCGUGCCUGCAGAGUCACUCGUGA